AAUCUGAAAACGAUAAAUUUUGCUGAAUUCGUUCCCAAUCUCCUCCUCUCUCCUGAUACUUUCGCGGGAGAAGCUACAACAUGUUGAAGCUGACUGGAUUCUUCAUAUUUUAUCCGAGAAUACACCGGAUCUCUAUCUCCCCUCAGUGCAUCUUCACCAGAUUCCGUUCAUCGAUUACAAGACAAGAUUUCGGCCGAUAUUUUGAGCAAGUUGUCGCUCAAAGUUUGAAGAAGUACUCGUUUGAUGUAACUCACUGCGGUGGACCCAGGGACAGAGGUAUAGAUUUUAGAGGGGCAUGGCUUUUGAAAUCGUCGCCUGUACGUGUUAUUGGGCAGUGUAGGCGCUACAAGCGACGCUUAGGUCCAAAGCAUGUGCGUGAAUUGGAGGGUACGUUGAGUCAUGAAGUGGAAGGAACGCUGGGUCUCAUCGUUUCGGAGAGUGGGUACAGUAAAAGUGCAUAUGAGGUGUUCAUGGGUUCUCCUCAUUCUAUUGUCCUCACUACAUUAACAGGCUACAGUGAUGAUUUACUUCAGUGGUAUUUUGAUCAAGAAAGUCAUGAAAACAAUAGCAAUGAAAGUCAAGAUUUUGCAGACUGUCAUUCAGACAAAAAUGUACAUUAUCCAAAAGCAGAUGAUUCUUUACCAAGUGACAUGGAAACACUGGACAACUUUGGAAACAAUGAUUUGAAAAUUAGUAAGUUGGAUGUGACUGAUCGCAAAGACAUAGAAUUUUUUUGUGAAAAAUCAGCACAAGGAGAAGAAGAAAGGAACCUCCUCAACAAGGACAAAUCUGGGGGAUUGGCAGAGUCAGCUGUGUCCUCAAUCCCAUGUUAUGAUGAUUCCUCUUUGAGUACAGGAAUGGACAAUGGAUUAUUGGUGACCAAAGUUAAGGAAAUUGUUAGUGAAUAUGAAAAGUUAACAAACUCUGACUUUUUCGAAUUGGGUCAAGGACAGUUUACAAUGUUUGAGUUAAAUCCAGCUGCGAGAAGGUUAUUGCCAAACUUGGUCGUUGGUUUGAAGUACAGAACGCAACAUUCAAGAACACCUGAACUUUUCUUGCAUGAAGACAAUUCAUUUGUUAGUUUACCUGAUUAGUUAAAUAGUGUCUUUAACGUUAAAGUCAAUAGUAGAAGAUUCACUGCUGCACUUUCAUAUCAGAUUCCAUUCAAAGAGGAUGUAACAACCAUACAUAUCAUCACUGUUAGGCCUCGUGCCUCUUGGUACAGUGAGGAAAUCAAGAAGCAGAAGGUGAUCUGUUGUAGGCUUGAAAGGCGAUGGCGCCGUCCCCAACUCCCUUCCGACUAUCAAUCUUAUACUGACCAACACAGUGUUGUAAAGAAUACCAUCUUCAAAUCAAAACUGGAUUAUUAUACUAGCCUCAUAUACUCAGCUGAAAGUGGCAGCAAAACCCUGUUUCAGACAAUUACUUGCCUUCUUCACAGGAAAGCAGAUAAACCCUUCCCCACCAGCUCUUCUGGAGUUGAUCUCGCCCAUAACUUUGUCCACUUUUUCGAGAAGAAAAUUGUCAAUAUCAGAAGUAAUCUUAGUGCACGUGGAAAUUCCUGAUUUCUUCAAAUCCCUCGACACUUCAUCACUGUCUUGUCAGCUCACAAAUUUUGCACCAACAUCCAUCACUGAAUUGCCAAACAUUGCUAAUAAAAUCAUCACGAAAUCCUGUAUCUUGGAUCCGCUUCCUGCCACCAUACUGAAGCAGCACUUCGAUUUACUCCUACCAAUUGUUGUGAAGAUUGUCAACUUGUCGCUGGAGACCGCUCUUUUUCCAUCUUCUCUUAAAGCUGCUGUUCUAUCUCCUUUACUUAAGAAAGCCAACUUAGAUCAUGAAGUUCUUGCUAACUACAGACCUAUUUCAAACCUUAAGGUAAUCUCAAAUAUCUCGUGUGUGUUCAUAAUGACCUUCUGGUUGCUAUUGAUAAACACAACUGUGUCAUGCUUCUACUAUUAGACCUUUCUGCUGCCUUUGACACAGUAGAUCAUGAUAUUCUCUUUACAAGAUUGCAAUCUAAAUAGUCUAUCUCUGGCACAGCUCUGGAAUGGCUUCACUCCUACCUUACAAAUCGCUCACAAUUCGCGUUAAUCAAAGGAUGUAGAUCGCAGUCUCGCGAACUUAAGUGCGAUGUACCGCAGGGCUCUGUCCUUGGACUGAUUCUGUACGUACUCUACACAACACCACUGGCUGACAUUCUACGAUUCCAUGAAAUGCAAUUUCAUUUUUACACUGAUGACACUCAAUUGUAUAUUUCUUUCUCUACAAACAACAAUAUGGAACUAACCCACUGUAUUACUAAGAUUGAGGAUUGCCUGUCCGACAUUGAUAAGUGGAUGUCCAUCAACAAACUAAAACUGAGCAAAGAAAAAACUGAGGUUCUCUAUUAUUUUAUUCUCAAAGUAUAAUCCACAGCAAUCCCAACUGCCUCUUCACUUUGGAACCAACAUUGUCAAGCUCUCUUCACAUGCUAGAAACAUUGGCACUAUCUUUGACACCACUAUGUCAAUGCUUCCCCAUGUAAACAUUGUCUGCAAAUCUGCCUUUUAUCAUCUUUGUACUGUUUCACAUAUUAGGAAAUACUUAUCAAUGCAAACUACUGAGAUUCUUAUCCAUGCUUUCAUAACUUCCAAUCUCGAUCACUGCAAUUCUCUACUAUAUAAUGUUCCUAAAUACAUCACCAAAAAGCUUCAAUCAGUGCAGAAUGCAGCUGCCAGAAGGAUUACACGGUCUAGGAAGUGCGAUCACAUCACUCCCAUCCUCCUCUAUCUUCACUGGCUACCUGUCUCUGAAUGAAUUAAAUUCAAGAUUCUACUACUUACUUUCAAAGCACUGCAUCAGCAAGCCCCAAUCUAUAUUCAAGACUUUAUCACUCGCUGACUCACCUUCUAGAUUGCGUCGUUCAUCCUCUACGCUCAAUCUGAAUCCUGUUAGUUUUAACCCUAAGACCUAUGAUUCUAGAGCGUUCUCCAUUUCAGCCCCUGAACUCUGGAAUAAAUUACCCAACAACAUACACCCAUGCGAGAAUUUAAGUCUUUUUAAGCAUAAACUUAUAACCUACCUCUUCGAGAACUUCUGCUUUAGCCAUUAGGAAAUAGAAUUUAUAAGUUUUUACUUCAAUUUUAAGUUUAUUUACUUGAUUAACUUUAAUUUCAUAUUUCCUCUCACUUUUUUAAGCACCUUGAUCUAUCAUUGGAUAGGUGCUAUAUAAAUAUCAUUAUUAUUAUUAUUAUUAUUAUUAUUAUUAUUACUUAUGUAUAAAAUGAGUAUCAUGGAUAAACUCUUGCAGGUCAACAAGGUCUUUGGUUCUUAGCAAACAUCAAGAACUGAAACACAUUCAAUUUAGUUUCCUCCCCAAAAUGUGAGAAAACUCAUUCGAACUACCAAAAAGGUUUGCAAAGCUCAUUACACUAUUUAUAGAGUAUGCUUGGGUUCCAGAAUCUCAGAGGAGCACCCCCCCUUCCCUGCUCCAAAGGUUACUGAAAUUCUGUAUAGAAACUAUAGUUCCUAAUUGAUCUUCAUGCAUUAAUAGGACAUUUUCGAUAGAUAA